AUGGAAUCGGGUGAUUGUCGCAUUCCACCUUUUCCGCUUCUCUGGAGUCCACUUCUACUACCCUACUCAACAGCAUUGAUAGCUAAACUACAAAAGAAAUACGCCGUUUCUUGCACAUCCGUGAUGAUACCGUAUCCACCACCGUUAUUCGCGUCGUCGCUCACAUCGGCUCAUGUUACCCCGUUGAGUCCGCAAUCACCGUCGUCCAGCAUUGUUACUGGCAGCGAAGGCAGUUCUCCUUCCACACCAUCUCCGCCAGCCUCAAAAGUGAAGAAGGAUCGUGAAUGUCAAUGUGAGAUUUGCGGAAAGACCUUUGGACGUCAUUGGCUGCUACAAGGACACCUACGUACUCAUACUGGUGAAAAACCAUUCACGUGCAACGUUUGCGGCAAAGCAUUUGCUGAUAAAAGCAAUCUACGUGCGCAUGUUCAGACACAUAGCAACGAGAAACCACACCACUGCUCUCGCUGCGGGAAACGAUUCGCGCUCAAAUCAUACCUCAGCAAGCACGAGGAGUCGGCGUGCUAUCGCUCCAGCUCCUCCGCGAUUUCCGCCGAGAAACCAACACGUUCAUCACUAUCUGCGUCGUCGUUACUGUAG